AUGUCCAUCGAAGCGAUUGGCGCUUCGGCGCCCGCCGUGGCCAUGGACGUCGAACUGCCUGCCGUCAGCCCCAAGCCGGUCGCCCUGCAUUCCCCGCCAGAUAGUCACAACGCCGUUGAUGCCGACGGUAGCGAUUCGGAACUCAGCGACCUCGAUGAACUCGCCGGCAAGUUGGAUGAUGAUCUCGGGGACGAGUUCAGGAACGAAUUCAAAAAUGAAGUCAAAAACGAGCCGAAAGAAGAAAAGCCCCAGGACACGCCUCAGGAACCGCCCAAGGUAGAGCCUGAGUCCGAACCACAACCCCCGCCGGUGGAAGAUAUUGGCGAGGUUCUCCCCGAUCACUGGUCUGGCACCGUGCCCGUGUUUAAGCCGACCAUGAAGCAGUUUAAGGACUUCAAACUCUUUAUGGAGAAGGUCGACAAGUACGGCAUGAAAUCCGGCAUCAUCAAAAUCAUUGCGCCUGAGGAGUGGAAAAAGUCUCUACCCCCGGUAGACGACUUGAUCAAGCAAAUUCGGGUUCGAGAGCCGAUCAAGCAAGAAAUCAUGGGCUCCAACGGAACCUAUCGACAAGUCAACAUCCUUCACCAACGUUCCUACAACCUGCCACAAUGGAGACAGCUCUGCGAUCAAAGCGAGCAUCAACCCCCCGCGAGGCGAGGCGAGCGCCGCGCAAAUUCAGACAGAAAGGCUGCUGCUAAGUCUCGUGCUGCCGCCGAACCAAGUACCCGAUCUGCCGCAACCUCGACCCCGCCCAAGAAACGAGGCGGGGGAAGAGUCACUCGAAGAUCGACCAGGUAUGCCAAAGAAGAGACUGAAGAGCCAGAGGAUCGUCCGAUGACGCCCGUCUCACCAGCGCCCGAAAAGGAGGUGUUAAAGUCCGUGGAGGCGGAACCGGGCAUCGGGGACGAGGACUACGAAGAAGAGGAUGGACCUCCGGUGGUACGAAGAAUGGGGCUUUCCAGACAAACAAAGCAGAAAACUCAAUCCGUGUCGGCUCGCCGGAAGUACAUGCGCCGCGAAGGCUCCGCUAUGGUAGACGAAGCUGCGUUCAAGAACUGGGAUUACCGGAUGGAUGUCUCCGAUUUUACCCCGGAGCGCUGCGAGGAAUUGGAAAAAACUUAUUGGAAGACGCUGACCUACGCGCCGCCGCUGUAUGGAGCAGAUCUUCCAGGCACGCUGUUCGGCGAUUCGGUCGAGAACUGGAACCUGAACAACUUGCCCAAUCUCCUCGACGUUCUCGGCACGAAGGUUCCCGGUGUCAACACCGCGUAUCUCUAUCUCGGCAUGUGGAAAGCAACCUUUGCUUGGCAUUUGGAAGAUGUCGACCUUUACAGCAUCAACUACCUCCAUUUUGGCGCCCCAAAACAAUGGUACAGCAUUUCCCAGGCCGACGCUCGGAGGUUCGAAGCCGCCAUGAAAAACAUCUGGCCCACUGAUGCGAAAGCAUGCGACCAGUUCCUCAGACACAAGGGGUUCCUCAUUUCGCCAUCGCACCUAAAGCAAAAUUACAACAUCACAGUCAACAAAUGCGUCUCAUACCCGGGCGAGUUUGUUGUCACAUACCCAUACGGAUACCAUUCUGGAUACAACCUGGGAUACAACUGUGCCGAGGCGGUCAACUUCGCCUUGGACAGCUGGUUGCCGAUGGGAAAGAUCGCAAAAAAGUGCCAGUGCGCCCAGGCACAAGACAGUGUUUGGGUCGACGUCUACGAAAUCGAGCGCAAGCUUCGUGGAGAAGAAACGGAGUACGAAGAGACGGACGAGGAGGACGAAGAGGACGACGACGAUGACCAAGACACUGGUCUUCCGAGUCCUCCCUCUAGCCACACAGUUAGAGUCAAAGCCCCCGGUCGAAAACGCAAACGGGGUGCCAACGACAAGGAGCCACGGGUCAAGACUAAAAAGAUUCGUCUCCGUCUCAAGUCGCACGUUGAGCCGCCCUGUUGUCUUUGUCCCAGCGAUAUCCCCGGGGCCGAAAUCAUGCCCACGGACGAUGGUCGCAAGGCCCAUCGCAUGUGUGCGCUUUACCUACCGGAGACAUACAUCGAGACAGUGGAUGGCAAAGAGAUCAUUGCGAACGUCGCUGCUAUUGACAAGGCCCGCUUGGAGCUCAAGUGUCUCUACUGCCGGUCCAAGAAGGGCGCAUGCUUCCAGUGUUCUCAAAAGAAAUGCCCGAGAUCUUACCACGCCACGUGUGCAGCAGCAGCAGGUGUCUUCGUGGAGGAAGAGGAAGUCCCGGUAUUCGGCGAGGACGGGACGGAAUACAAAGAGCAGGCGUUCGAAUUUAGCUGCCGGUUCCACCGAACUAAAAGGGACCGAAAGGCGGACGGGGGUGCUCUGGAGAACAACGCCCAGCUCCGCGCGGCCGCAAAGGCGCUCAAGAAGAACGACAUAUGUCAACUACAUGAUCGGGUCGAAGUCGAAUGGAAGUGGCUGCUUCUGCCCGACCCAGCAGACUUCCGUCUUCCCAAGGCAUCGGCCAAUGCUAUCCCCAUGCCGACCUGCAGGAGGGCACAAAAGGAGAUCAACGCCAAACGGGCUGUCGAUGAAGCGCCAAGAAAGGACGAUGAGUUUGCUCCUGGAUUUACUUGGGCCGAGUUCCAUGCCGGCGAGCCCCUCAAGAACCCGACGCAGAUCAAGAUCGACUUCACCAAGGAGAACCAGGUCUGGCAUUACCUGGGCAAGACAUCUACCGAGGCGAAGGCCCAAUACACUGAGGAUCCGUCUCGGCCGCGACACAAUCCCAAGGGCAAUUUCUUGGACACUAUACCAAAGCCACCACCUCCGGUACGAAUGCCAGUGGCUCAUCAGGCAAGGCAGCUUGUACCUGGGACGUACCCGGGCUACCCGGGCUAUCCAACCACCAAUGGGGUGUUGUCAAAUGCCGGAACUGGCAAGCCACAGAAGCCCUACGUCUACAAACCCCGGAAUCCGGUUGGGUCAACCCUCGGCCAAUAUGGUGCUCAGUUUACUUCGCACACAUUUUCUGUCAAUACACCCUCACCGUCCCCGGCGUUGCAGCAGUUUCAGCCUUCCCGCCCUUCUCAGGUGGUAUCCCGGCCACCACAGCCAACAUUCCAUAACCAUGUGUUUCAUCAACAUCCUCAGCAACAUCCUGAGCAGCAACGUAUGCAGCACCACAUGCAACAGCAAUCUUCGCUUCAGGUGAAGCAAUACCAACCACCGGCAUCGGACCCCCAACGCAAGGGUUCAUCGGCACUGUAUUCGCCGGAUCGGUUUGCGCCCAUCGGAGGUAGUAAUGGAUUCCCGAAGCUUCCCGGCUUAUCCUGGCCCCCUGCUCACAUGAAAUCAGGGCAAUCUGUUCAGCCUCAGUCAAGAGCCUGGCCUUCGCCAACAGGCGCGGCUGCUCCGAUGACGUCGUCAGCCUUGAAAUCCCCGAGUGUUAGCAACCCGCAGCCUGGAGGAGCAGGAGAACAGCCAUACGUCAGCGCGUACCAGAAGUACGCCUUUUUCCAGGUCAAUCACAACAGGGACUCGUCGAGGUACCGGACCCCCUACGGCCAGUGGGGCGGCUUCACAAACGGGUACGAAGGGAACCUCCGAGACUUCCUAGUCAAGGCCCAAAAGGCUUUAUCUGGAGGUGGCAGUUCAGGUGGCAGUAAAGGUCCGAUCAAGCAGGUGCCCACCUCGCUUCUUCAGCCCUUGCGGCCACGCGUCGAUGCGUCUCCAACGAACGCACCUCCGUAUGCGCAGAUUCUCCCCCGGCCGCCCGCCCAGGCCCCGCAAGCCACACCCCAACACUUAGCGCCAGGCGCUCCUCGAGUACCGCAAUAUCAGGUAUCGCAGUAUCAUAGCCAUGGGUACCCAGCCCAACCUAGGCAUGACGGCCAGGCGUUCGAUCCAAGGCAACCUAACGCAGGCCCGCUGCACCCUGCCACCCGACCGCAAUACGAUGCACCACAGCCGCAACACGGGGGCCAGCCCAGCCACCACGUCUGGCAAGCGGUCCCACAAGCCCCUUCACACACAUCAUCACAGCCGGCGCACACACCAAUACAAGGGAAGCCGCAGUUUACAAAACAAAGCCAUAGCCCAAUUCCGUUGCCGCCGUAUGUAAGGCAGAUGGCAACAGCGUCACCGGUGGCUCUUAAGCAGGCGGCUCCCGGCCGAACUCCUGAGCAAGGGGGCCCACACAUGGCACCCAAAGACUCGUGCACGACCCUACCAGCAUCAACACGGCCCCUGUCGGGAGCCAGGUCAACCCCGGCGCCAGCUCCGAACUUGCAGGCACAACAAAACCUAACGCAAGAAGGUCAAUGGGCACCGACUGGUAGUAGCCAAGCGGGCUCAACGACGGCCCCAAGAUGGACAUCACAGGGUGCAAUGGCGACUCCAAGCCCAACAAGCCAGCAACCACGAAACAGCUCGGGUUGGGCACCACCACCCCAAUCCCAGCCACAGCCAGCUCCGCCGGGGGCCGCCGUCUCCCCGGCAGCAGCCGGCACGGAAGACAAUUCCGCACUAGUAGAGAAGAUGAUGAUGAAUCUCCGGAGGGCAAGCCAGAACUUUGGCAAGGUGGAGCAAGGCAAGAGUUUGGCUGAGCAGCCGGGCCAGGCGCAGGCUCAUGCUGAGAGCUAG